AUCAGAGGGCGAUCGGAGUGGGACUUUUAGCGUUGUUACAGAUAUUUUGAGGAAUGACUGUAGUUUGUGAGACAAUUUUUGCAUGAAAGUAAAGUCUGCAUGUGAUCCCUUUUGCAUUCUAAAGCUUCCUCCCUGAGCCCCACAGCACAGCACUCUGCACCACAGUGACCCUCACUUUCAUCGUUUUCUCUGUUUUAUUUUGCUGAUCUCGUCUGUGACCUCCCGGCUCCCUUGAUGGGGUAAAAUUGCUGAACAUGUACAGUCAGAGCAAACAGUGAUGGAGCCUAAUAAAGACGCGGGGAGGAGGAGCUCCGGUCCUCGCAGCAGCUGCUGCAUUGGCUGUCGGCGCAGCAGCGGGGAGGGGCUGAGGGAGAGGGAGAGAGAAGGGAGACGGUCGGAGGAGGUGGGCUCUGGUUGGGAGAUAGGGAAUGCCCGUUAGUUGCGCCUGCCGAUAAUAGCACAUCAGCCAGUCGCUGCUGCAGCGGGAGCAGAGGCGGAGCAGACGGGCUGAUCCGCUCAGCGAGCGCAGACCGGCUCACUAGAGAGGACGGGAUCACAGGCGGACAGAGCAUCAGCACGUGUAGAGAGGAGGAGGACCGCCGAGGAAACGGAGGGGAGAUAAACUUAGCCGGCCAGCAGGAGAACGUGAAAAGGCUCACUUUCCACCGGAGCAGCAAGUCCAUCAGUAGGGAGGAGACUGGCUUUACAGGAGGGAGUGACAGUCCUGUCAGAAGCCAAGAGCAAUGCUCCUGACAGGACGCUCCACCACAACUUACUUGAGGAUUACUCCUGCAGAGCAGCAGCGCUGAGCAGUGCCAGAGGUGCAAAUCCCAAACUCUGACUUGGAUGUAGCUCUGCAUCCGUGUGCCUUCUUCUUUUUUUUUCUUUUUUUUUCUGCUUUGUUGCUUCAAAGUAAAGAUUUGGGAGGCAACUCCUUCUGUCCUGUCACCUCAGAGACUAUGUUAGAGUGUGCGUCAGAGAGCCGCUCAUCAUCAGCCGCAGCCCUAGAGUAUGGAGAAGUCCAGCAGUGAGGAGUCUGCCAUUCACCGUAGUCCCUCCGUAGACAGCCGCGACUCCGAUUUUCCCCAAGCUUCCACGUCUGGCCGGCCAUUUGGCGGCCGAGGCUUCACUGCCGGCGCUUUCUACGGCUCCACGGGGCCGCGCAAAAACGCUCAACAGGGACAGGGCGGCGUGGCAGCCGACGCCGGCGCAGGAGACAAGACCAACAACAAGUACAGCUCGCCCAAAGGCAGCAAAUACGUGGUCUUUUACCUGGAUCUAUCCUUUGUGUUCCUUUUAGAAUUCAAGAAGUGCAACAUGGCGAGAGGCUGCCUCUGCUGCCUGAAGUAUUUGAUGUUUGUCUUCAACCUCAUCUUCUGGUUAUGUGGCUGUGGACUGCUUGGCGUGGGCAUCUGGCUCUCUGUGUCGCAGGGCAGCUUCGCCACCUUCUCACCCUCAUUCCCCUCACUGUCAGCUGCCAACAUGGUCAUUGCCAUAGGUGCAAUCGUCAUGGUAACUGGCUUUCUUGGCUGCCUGGGCGCCAUCAAGGAGAAUAAGUGCCUGCUUCUGAGUUUCUUCAUUGUUCUGCUGGUAAUUCUUCUGGCGGAGCUGAUAUUACUCAUCCUGUUCUUUGUGUACUCGGAUAAGGUGAGGAUGAACGCCAAGCAGGACCUGAAGGACGGCCUGGCUCUCUACAACUCAGAAAACAACUUGGGCCUCCGGAACGCGUGGAACAUCAUCCAGGCGGAGUGGAAGUGCUGCGGCGUGAACGCCUACAGCGACUGGUACGAGGCCCUGCAGGAAAAGGUGGUUCCUGACCGCUGCUGCCAGGAGCAUUACCAGAACUGUGGACGCAACACCACCAGCAUGUUCUGGGAGCGGGGCUGCUUCGAGAAGGUGGAGGAAUGGCUGGACGACAACAAGCACGUGCUGGGAACCAUCGGCACGGUCAUCUUGGUGGUGCAGCUCCUGGGAAUGGCGUUCUCCAUGAUACUUUUCCACCACAUCCACAGAACGGGGAAGAAGUACGACGCCUAGCCUCCUCGGACGGGGUCGCCUGACGAAGAGGAUGGGAUUAGACUCACACACAUCACUUCUCCCGUCGUUUUUAAUCUCCGUGGAGCAUCCUGCCUCCCCUUCCCUGAUCUGUACAGCUUCCAGAUGUGUUCCUGCCCUUUCCCGCUCUUUCAUCUUCUCAUUCAUUUUGCCAAAGAGUAACACAACUGGAAGGGACAACAACAAGGGACAUUCGGCACGAAGAGCAUCCCAUUUGUUGGCACUCUUCAUGAGCAUACUUGGUUGUAUUAUUAUUAAUACUAUGUGGGCUUAUUUUGCUUGGACUAACACUUUACCGGAGCAGAGGAUGGAGACUGUGAAGGCCUCUCCACAGCAAAGACACCCAUGACACGGGGGAUUCCUUUCCUGGUGUUGAGAAGAAGAAGCCCCCUGCUUAUCCCCUGUAAAUGAGUACAGAUCCGAUACGGCAUGCCGUCGGUUUUAUUUUGGUUUCUUUUUUUAAGCCCUCCUGGAAAUAUCUUAGUUUUUCAGCUUAAAUGUAUUUUUGUUGGUGACAUCAGCACUCCUGUGGAAUGUAAGCGUGGAGAUCGGUGCAGUCGAGUCUGAGGCGAGCGUUUCACCUCAGACUUUGGUAAAGAGGAAUUCAACCAUGAGAGUUUAUUUUAUACCACAUUUUCCUAGAUUCAUGGAUUGGAAACCGCCACUGGACACGUUUUGAGAGGAUGACGCUCUUCUGGACUUGAUCGUAUGAGUGUGUUUCUGUCCUGUAAUGCAUACAAAGAAAGCAGCAGAGGAAGAAAAAAAACCCAACAGCAGCCUCGAUGGUUUCAGCCGUGGAGGCGAGACACUUUUCCCUGAUCCUCUGUUCCCGCCCUUCUUUUUACCGUCUUCUCCCUUCAUGUCGCUCACGCACCACCACCAUCUCAGCUCACAUUCCUGCUCAUUACUUACUUCCACCUCUGGUUGGCACCUUUCACGUGAGCCGGCUUUACAUGCAGGCGGGGAGAACGGAGGCCGGGCCGUUUGCACAUUUAUGCGCCGCCUCAGACGGAGUACGGCGACUUAAAGAGAGCACCCUCCGGUGCGUUUGCU